AUGGGGGACUCCGUUGGCCCAGGUCACACAGCUGCCCAGCUGCCCACAGAGCAACUGAAUCCUGGGCCUCGAACAGUUAGUGAUUUGCUUCGCUCCUCUGUGGAGGGAGACAGUGUCAGUGUGAGCCCGGGGAAGGGUGGCUGUGAGGGUGAGGAGCAGCCCAGCCGCACACGGUGCCUAGGUACCCCACACACGGCGCAAGGUCUGGCAUGCCCGCUCCACCAGCGCCCAGCGGCCUUUGCUCCUGGCUCCCAGACAGUGAACACGGCCCCUUCGCCCCUCCUAACGCCCUACAUCAGCCUGGGGCUUUCCCCGGAACGGCCAGCAGGUGGCGUGGAGGCUCCCCUCUCCCCAUCGCUGGACCGGCUGAGCUGCGUCUGCUUCGCGCUGGUGCAGGCGGACAGUCCCUCGGCACCCGUGAAUGUCACCGUCAGGCACCUCAAGGCCAACUCUGCGGUGGUCAGCUGGGAUGUCCUGGAGGAUGAGGUUAUCAUCGGGUUUGCCAUCUCUCAGCAGAAGAAGGACGUGCGGAUGCUUCGCUUCAUCCAGGAGGUGAACACCACCACCCGCUCGUGCGCUCUCUGGGAUCUGGAGGAGGACACAGAGUACAUUGUGCACGUGCAGGCCAUCUCCAUUCAGGGCCAGAGCCCAGCUAGUGAGCCUCUGCUCUUCAAGACCCCACGUGAGGCCGAGAAGAUGGCCUCUAAGAAUAAAGAUGAAGUGACCAUGAAGGAGAUGGGGAGGAACCAGCAGCUGCGAACAGGCGAGGUGUUGAUCAUCGUUGUGGUCCUCUUCAUGUGGGCAGGUGUCAUAGCCCUCUUCUGCCGCCAGUAUGACAUCAUCAAGGACAAUGAGCCCAAUAACAACAAGGAGAAAACCAAGAGUGCGUCGGAAACCAGCACACCAGAGCACCAGGGCGGGGGGCUCCUCCGCAGCAAGAUAUGAAACCUUUCAGUGCUUGCCCUGAGCAGCUCCGAAGACAGUAGAGAAUGUGAGAGGACCUCACUGUUCUGACGAUGACUGUCCAACAAACAUCUGGCCCUCUCUGCGUCUCCUCCCCCAUCCAUCUUCUCCUAUCAUCGGGCUUUACUGGCUUCUCUCUUGGCUUCUCUCUUUCUAAUGUCUUGUCCUGAAGCCUCUUAUUAACCCCUAACUCCAGGAGCACCUCAACAAUGUCAGUGUCUCAGGCUGCACCCAGAGACACACUGCAGAAUGUGAGAACCAGCCAGAGGGCUCUUUGCUGCGGGUAGACUGGGUGCCAGGGUUCUCGGCACAGGACUCAUGUCUUGGCCACUCAGCUUGACCAAAGGCUGUGUGUGAAAGGGCAGAGAAAUGAGACUUCCAGGCAGGGCUGUUCCUUUCUUCCUGUGAGGGACAAGAGCCUGGUGUUUAGGCUGCAGCCCUGCUAUUCCUUCCCUCCUCGGCCCUGUUUCCCAUCUUGCAAGAAGUCUGUUCAACCAGCUCCGGCCACUGCUCUUUUGUUCCCUUCCCAGUUUCCAAACAAGCCCUCAGUGAACAUCAUCAAAGUGUGGCGGCCCCAUCUGCAGGGGAAGGGUUUCAUUCUCUGCUGGUCCCUGCGCCCUUCCUGGGCACAGGGCAAAAGCUGACUAAAGCGGUGGGGGCCCAGCUAGCCAUAGUUCCUUUUCCCCAUCUUAGUCUGAUGGAGGCUGAACUAUAAACCCAAAUUCUAUGUGCACACUCGCACACACACAUACAAUCAAAUAAGCCACAAAGCUAGAAGGCCCGGCUGCACUCUGGAGAAGGCAACGCUGCAUGAGACAGACCGGCCUCCCACCUCCUCGCUUCUUCUGGACUGGCUUCCUCUUUGAGAUAAUGCACAAAGCUCUGGGAGAGGAACAAGAUUGACUCGAGCUGUGCCCUUCAACCAAGGCACCAGGGAAGCUGGGGGGCUGCCUGCCUUUCAGGGUCCUGACUCCAUCAAGCCCGUUCUAGAUCCGGCCAAAAAGGACAUCUGCGGUGUGAGGCACACCUUUGCGAAUGUGUUUGAGGUUACUGUUCGGACUCUGGGAAACCACAUCGGAGGGCUGCAGUCCAGAGGGUGGAGGCUUCUGCCCGGGCCUGAGCCGACGGUCUUCUUUGUGGUGAGAUCAUCAGCAUGGAGUUUUAAGGUACUGGAAGGUACUGUCCACUUUAAAGGAAGUGCCUGGGCAUUAGAGCAGCAUCGGCUUGGAGAGCUGAAAGGGUGCGUCCAUAUCCUACUCCCCAGGGGCUGUGAGCGCCCUGCUGGAAAGCCAUUCACCAGACAGAGCAGCUUUGCCUGCAGCCGUCACUGCUGGCCUCUGGGUCUCUGGAUCUUGCCAUCUCAUUCAGGGUCCUAUGGAAGUUAUCCAGGGUUCCCAGGUCCUACCCUAGAGCUUGAAGUGUGAAGUGACAGCUAGCUCUCUCUCUCUCUCUCUCUCUCUCUCUCUCUCUCUCUCUCUCUCUCUCUCUCUCUCCCUCCCUCUCUCCCUCCCUCCCUCCUCUCCUCUCCUCUGCCCCUUCUGGUUUAAAAAGGUGCUUGAUGAGGCAAGCAGACUUCUCUGGGACUGAUGCACCAAGGCUGCCAAAUGGGAAAAGUGGACUCUACAUCUUCCAUUGGUGGCCAAGGUAGUGUGGGAGGCUGUUCCCAGCACACAGUAGGUGCUUGGUGAAUAUCUGUUGUACUGAAUGAGGAGCACUGGUACCCAAGCCAGAGAGCUGAAAGCCAUCGCCCAAUGACGCCCCUUCAUUCGGGUCUCUAACAGCUCUCACGGCCGGGUCAGCCACCGUUCUGCUUGUACCGAGUGUGGCAGCACAGGAGAGACAGAUAAGGGCAGAUGUCAGCAAUACUAAGGGCUUCCUCCCGGGAGGGCAUGAGGUUCCACUCAUUGUCUUGUGACUUCCAUCCCUGCUGAAUGGGGCUGCAAGGCCAAGGCUCCUUAAGAGAGGUCCUUACCUCGAUCCAGUUAGAGCAAUAACCACUUUUUAAAUGUAAAAUAAAGACAAAUGAAAAGGCA